AUGUUUACGUUCGCUCUCCACGCGUCACGCGGCAAGGUUGAGCACAUCCGACAUCACACAAUGCGCCGCGCCCAAAGCGUCCGCCACUAUGCACGACCCUCGCUCGCCCUCGCCGCCGACGAUCUUGGCAUGCUCCGCGAAGGCGAUGAGUCCAACGAAGACGUGUUGAGGAAACAGUUAUUGGAUAAGGACAGGGAGAACGACAAACUACGGACGCAGGUCCAGAUUCUACAAGACCAACUAGCCCAACGACCACCACUGGAAACGAUUCAGGAGCUCGAUAGGGAGUACAAGAACUUGGAACUUCUACUUCAAGGAACGCAGCGGGAGAACGAGCGAUGCAUGGCUGAACUCGAAAGAGCCAAAACACGAGAAAAGAUGCUUGAACGCGAGUUGACCAGAUUGGCGGGGGAGAAUUGGCAGUCAAACCUUGAACUCGGCUCAACCGCAUCUGUAAUCCUUCCCGGGGGGCGCUCAAAUAUUCGACACGCCCGCUCGAACACUAUCUCUUCCCCAUCACCCACUCUAAAUCUCACCCGAAACCAAGCAACGCCUUCCCCUGACAGGCCCAGAUCCAGGAUGAAUCCACAACAAGAACAGCAACAAAACAUGGCAUCACCAACCCUGGCGCACAUUGAUCAAGUACGGAUGCUGAUCCUGGGUAUGGAGCAGCGGCUGCAGGUGCGCGAGGAGAAGCUUGGGAAGGUGGUUGAGAGAGCUGAAGGGGAGGGGCGGAGGUUUGAGCAGUUGCGCACGGAGAUAUCGGUCACGGACGCUUGA